GCGCCUCGCAGCCACACUCGGUACCCGCACCCCGACCGCCCGCCCUGCUGGCCCGGGACAUAGUGUGGCCAUCAGCAUGCAGGGGGAAGAGAGCCUCCAGUUCCUGGGGGGGACCGAAGGGGACAGCUUCCCACUGGUAGAGAUCAAUACUUGUGAGACUGAGGCCUCUGAGCAGUGGGAUUAUGUGCUUGUGGCCGAUCAGUGCACCCAGAGAAACCCCAGGCAGGCCCACCAGCAGCAGCGGUUCUUGGAGGAGCUCAGCAGAAAGGGCUUCCAUCACAAGAAGUUGCAGGACAAGGAGAAGAUAUUCUUCGGGAUCCGAGCCGACAGCAGGAUCUUCAACCUGUACCGCACGCUCCUCCUGGAGCCUGAGAAUCCUGCCCCCGGAAUGGAGCCGGCCACACUGACCCCCAUCCCAGCCACCACCAGAAUCCGAAUCGUCAACUUCAUCCUGAAAAGCAAAAUGGCAGCCGGCGCCACCUUUGAGGAUUUGGUGAAGGACGGGGUCUUUGAGACCAGGUUCCCACUACACAAGAGGGAGGAGGACCUGAUAAAGAAAUGGGCCCAGUGGAGAAACAUGUUCCACAAGCAGCCGAUUGAUGAAAUCAGGGACUACUUCGGUGAGAAAGUGGCGCUGUACUUCGCCUGGCUUGGCUGGUACACCUACAUGCUGGUGCCUGCCGCAGUGGUGGGCGUCCUCAUCUUCCUGAGUGGCUUCGCCCUGUUCGACACCAGCCAGAUCAGCAAGGAGAUCUGCGAGGCCCACGACAUCUUCAUGUGCCCUCGUGGCGACCACAGCCGCAAGUACCACCGGCUCUCAGACACCUGCACCUUUGCCAAGCUCACCCACCUCUUCGACAACGACGGCACGGUGCUGUUUGCCAUCUUCAUGGCUGUGUGGGCCACGGUGUUCCUGGAGAUCUGGAAGCGGCAGCGCGCCCGUGUGGUCCUGCACUGGGACCUGUAUGGGUGGGACGAGGACCAGGAGGAAAUGGCGCUCCAGCUGAUUAACUGCCCCGACUACACGCUCCAGCCGUACCAGCACUCCUACCUGCGAAGCACCGCCAUCCUCGUCCUGUCUCUGCUCAUGAUCUGCUUCCUGAUCGGAAUGGCCCACGUCCUGGUGGUCUACCGCGUGCUGGUCACCGCCCUCUUCAGCAACUUGCCCAUCCUUGGGGAGCAGGUGACCACGGCCGUGGUGGUGACUGGAGCCCUGGUGCACUACGUGACCAUCCUCAUCAUGACCAAGGUCAACAAGUGGGUGGCACUGAAGCUCUGCAACUUUGAGAAGCCCAGGACCUUCUCGGAGCGAGAGAGGAAGUUUACCAUCAAGUUCUUCACCCUGCAAUUCUUCGUGCACUUCUCCUCUCUCAUCUACAUUGCCUUCAUCCUGGGCAGCACCCUCUGUCCUCUGCCCCACGCCCACCCAGUCAGAGGCCAGCUGCCACCUCCGCCCCACUCUCAGCCUCACUGUCCUUCUAGGAUCAACGGUCACCCUGGGAAGUCCGUGCGCCUGGCGGGGUUGUGGAAGCUGGAGGAGUGCCAUCUCAGUGGCUGCAUGAUGGACCUCUUCGUGCAGAUGGCCAUCAUCAUGGGUCUGAAACAGACGCUCAGCAACUGCGUGGAGUACCUGUGCCCGUGGCUGGCCCACAAGUGUCGCUUGAGGCAGGGCCGCAUGUCCCAGGACCCCGAGCUGAAGGACUGGCAGCGCAACUACCGCCUGAACUCGGUCAACAUCUUCAGCCUGUUCGACGAGUUCAUGGAGAUGAUGAUCCAGUAUGGCUUCACCACCAUCUUUGUGGCCGCCUUCCCACUGGCCCCACUGCUCUCGCUCUUAAGCAACCUCGUGGAGAUCCGCCUGGAUGCCAUCAAGAUGGUCAGGCUGCAGAAGCGCCUGGUGCCCCGCAAGGCCAAAGACAUCGGGACCUGGCUGAAGGUGUUGGAGACCAUCGGCGUGCUGGCAGUCAUUGCCAAUGGAAUGGUCAUCGCCUUCACGUCUGAGUUCAUCCCCCGAAUGGUGUACAAGUACCGCUACGGCCCCUGCCGAUGGGGGCCCCGCCCUGAAGUCGACUGUCUCACAGGCUAUGUCAACCACAGCCUGUCCUUGUUCUACACCAAGGACUUCCAGGACCCCGACGGGAUAGAGGACCUGGAGGAUGUGACCGAGUGCAGGUACAGGGACUAUCGCAACGCUGGGGACUACAACUUCUCCGAGCAGUUCUGGGUCCUCCUGGCCAUCCGCCUGGCCUUCCUCAUCCUCUUUGAGCACGUGGCCUUGUGCAUCAAACUCAUCGCUGCCUGGCUGGUGCCUGACGUGCCCCAGAUGGUGAAGAACAAGGUUCUGGAUGAGAAGUACCAGAGGCUCCUGGAGAAGCUGAGAUCCAGUCCCAGGAGCACAGAUGUGUAGGGGACCCCGAGCUGGUCAAGAGUUGCUGGUGCCCAGGAGCCAAGGCUCAGAGCCGCCACCACCGCCUCCUACGCCUACUGUGUAGGCCUGGGGGGCAGAAAGAAGGCCUGUGUGUGUGUGGGUGUAUACGUGGGGUGCCCGGAGGCCCCUACACACGUGGGUCCGUGUAUGUCUGUGGCUCAGGGCGUCUCAGGAGCACUGAUGGUGGCUGUUCUGUCCGUUAGAGCUCGGGCUCGGCACAGCCCUGACUUGAACUCUUGAGUGACCCCUGCCACCCAUGGAACUGACAGUGGAGUCUUCUCAUGCGCUCACAACGCAUGAAAACCCAGCCCAUUUCCUGACCCAGGUCCUGCCCCACCCCGAUUCUGGCUGGUCAGGGGCCCUGACCCCACCUCCCUGGCUCCCCUCAGCCAACAGAACUUUCUAUAAUAAAACAGGAAAAGACUCUUUAUGUUGA